AUGAAAUUGCUCCUGGACUCCUCCUCCUCGCUGCUCUUUUCGCUGCUGUUGGCCCACCUGCCCGUAUUCACCUCUGCGUCCCCUGUGCCCCACCACCGCAGACCGUCCGAAAUGGAUAAACUGUCAAACCAGACCAAAAACCUCAUGAAGCUCACCCAAGAAUUGCUGCGGGAACAUGCCUUUGACUCGGACGUGGAGCCACACAGGUUCCAAUCUCUGCCCGAAAUGAGCAACAGAUCGGCCAACGACUUCACCAGCCUGGAGCUGAAGCCGACGCUCUCGAAGCUGCACGCUGAUCUGAAGCUGUACGAGCAUCACUUUGAAUGGCUCAACAGAGUGUCCAAGAAGCACCACCACCCCGCCCUGCCCAAGCUCAUGGAGAUGGUCCGUGAGAUGAAAUCGCUCCUGAACCUGCUGCACAGACAGAUGCUGAAAGUGGAGGCCCCAAAGCUUACCCCAGCCACCCCCUCCCUCCCCCCUCACCUGCCCUAUCACAUCGACGUCCUGCAGUCCACCCACGAGCUCCUCCAGCACUUCAAGCUCUUCUGUGACUGGGCCUAUAGAGCCUUCAUUAGCCUAAAGCCAAAGAUAUCUGCAAACAACACCACCACCCAGUCCCAAUGA